CAAUCUCCGCCCCCGCCGAGAAGCACUCCGGGCACAGCUCGAUAUCGGGGCAGUCGGUGCAGCGCAGCCGCAGCUGACAGCAAUGACGGAGCGUGGAGCUCAAACGCAGAGAGCAGCAGUCCGGCACACACAGAAGAUGAGUUCAUGCACAAAAAGAGGAGCCAGGCCAGCCGGCUGAACAGACGGCUGCAGGUGAAGCUGACAGRCUACUUCCAGAGGAGACCCGCCUCUGACGGCCUGCUGGACGGGGAGAGGCCUGAGCAGCAGCAGGAGUAUGAGAAGCACCUGCACCUCCUGACGGAGCUGAAGCUGCAGCUCCGAGCCGCCUCAGCCUCGGCCCAGCWGCAGGCCGAGGAGCUGAGGCUGCAGGAACUGAAGAAACUGGAUGAGGUGGAAGAGGAAUGGCGAGCGUUGGUGGCCCUGAAGCAGGAUGCAGCUGUGAGGUCGCUCGGCCGCCGCCUGGGGAAAGAGGCAGCACAGGCCAAAGUGCAGUCGGUCCUAGCGGAAGAGCAGCUCCGGCAGGAUGAGCUGACCGAGGCUCGCCUCAAGCACUUCAAGCUGAGGUUCGAGAUCCGCAGGCUGGAGGCAGAGCUCCGUGAGAGGGAGGAACAGAGCAGGGACCCUCUGCAGAUCCAGUUUGAGCAGCUGCAGGCCAGGAGGCUGGAGGAGAGAAAACAGGCUGAAAAGCAAACUGAAGAAUCUCUAAAACUGCAGAAGAAGAUCAGCAGCUCCUUGGAGCUCCUGUCAAACGUAAAAGAGAAGCUGUUCUGGAGCCAGACGGAGGUCCGGGCCAAGCGACAGCAGCUGACAGAGCUGGAGGCCCUGGUGGCCACAAGGAAGGACCUCCUGACCCAAACCAAGCAGACACUAAACCAACUCCAGAGGGACAAUCUUAGGCUGAACGAGCGCCGGGGACUCCUGCGGAACAGGGUCCUGCUGAGGGACUUUGAGGACACUCUGGAUGCUUCAGACCACCUGGAGAAGCAUCUGGAGGAUCUAAAGUACCAGCAAGCUCAGACGGUCUUCAAACGUGGCAGAUGGAGGAAGAGAC